AUGGGGGCAGCGGCAGCCGAAGCGGAUCAUACUCUCUUUGUGGGCAACCUUGAAACGAAAGUGACAGAGGAGCUCCUUUUCGAGCUUUUCCACCAGGUUACUGGGCCAGUAAUAAAAGUGAAAAUUCCAAAAGAUAAGGAUGGUAAGCCAAAGCAGUUUGCGUUUGUGAAUUUCAAACAUGAAGUAUCUGUUCCUUAUGCCAUGAAUCUGCUUAACGGAAUCAAACUUUUUGGAGGGCCCAUCAAAAUUCAGUUUAGAUCAGGAAGUAGCCAUGCCUCACAGGAGGUCAGUUUGUCAUAUCCCCAGCCUCAUAUUGGAAGUUCAAGCCCUACUUCCACAUCUCCUAGCAGGUACGAAAGGACAGUGGAUAACAUGACUCCAUCAACACCGAUAAUUCAAAGAUCUUUUUCUUCUUCAGAAAAUCUUCAGAGACAAGCAGUGAUGAACAGUGUUUUGAGACAGAUGUCAUAUGGAGGGAAAUUUGGUUCUCCACAUCUGGAUCAAUCAGGAUUUUCCCCAUCAGUUCAGUCACAUAAUCACACUUUUAACCAGUCUUCAACCUCCCAGUGGCGCCAAGAUACACCAUUAUCACAGCGAAAAGUCAGACAGAAUUCUCAUCCCUAUGUAGUGGAUAGACAUUAUAGCCGUGAACAGCGUUACACUGAUCAUGGGUCCGACCAUCAUUUCAGAGAAAGCAGAGAUGAUUUCUUCUAUGAAGAGAGAAAUCACGAUGGCUGGAGCCAUGACUAUGAUAACAGAAGAGACAGUGGUAGAGAUGGAAAAUGGCGCUCAUCUCGACACUAACAAGUGUUAAAAGGAUGUUUUCAUAGGGUCAUUCUAGGCCCUUUUUGUUAAGUUGUUU